UCCCGAGCAGAGAGGAACGCGCGUCGCCCGGCGAUUCUGUUUGUUUUUCUAACUCCUCAUAGUCACCCCGGCGUGUUUUGUGUUCAAUUACUGUGGAAUAGUUCCUUCAACUUUCGUCACUGCCAAUCGAAUUUCACUGUUGUUUUAAUAUUGUGAUCGUUGUGUUCGAGCCUGAUUCUCUGGUGUUUGUGUCGCGUUCUGAAUUGAAGAAUUUGUUUGCGGUACUCAUCGAGUACCACCUCACUUGUGUUUUCGGAAUUUUUUGUUUUAUCUUCGAUCUCAGAAGAUAAGUGGCAGACUGCCCAGUGAUUCUCCUCUUUUGUUGUGAGGAUUUUUGUGUGUUGUAUGUUCUGUGUUGUGCACUGACAUGUGGAUUUUUACCGAGCCUUUUGGAUUAACCUUUGGGAAUACUAAUUUAUGAGUGAAGAAACGCGGGUGAAAAGUGCGUGUGGGUGCGGGCGGCUGUCAUGGAGGGUGGCCCGGAGUACGACUGUGAUUGUCCGGGACCCCCGCCUAUUUUCCACCUCCCCCCGCCGCCACGGCCACCCCGGCCCCCUUUCCUCGGUCCACACGAGUCGGACUGCUCCGACCUAGCCGAGGACGUCUGUGAUGUAAUGCCUGUGAUAGAUAGCGAAUAUCAUUCAAGCCCUGGUUUCCCCUCUGUCGCUAUAAUUCUAGUCUGCGCCGGUAUCCUAUUAGGAACUCUUUUAAUCAUAUUAGCCUUAGGCUGGAAGCAUAAAAAGAGAAUGCAGAAGUUCUUACCGUGCAAAUCGUCUCCCCAAAACAGGUGUGACGUCACUCACGGAGCUGGUGUUAUCUACGAAGACUUAAGUAACAUUAGAGCUAGAACUUUACCCCAGCCUCCUACAUUAGAGAUGCUGGACGUGAAGAAUCAUUUAAUGUACAGUGCGACAACAGGUUACCCUAUUAUCUCCCACCAUUCUCCUUUAUAUCUGUACCAUCCACCAAGGAGUAGCAUGCCUGUCCCGGAGCCAGUGCCUGAGUCAUUCUAUUCGCAAGACCUCUUCAACCCCGUCUAUGAGGAGCUUUCGAAUGGUAAUUAUCAAAGAUCCGGUCACGGCGACAGCUGCACGGACAGCGAGGAGGCGCCUCAAGCGACCCACAGCGAAGACGAAUUCGCCGAGGACGAGCUGAGUUUGGGCGAGCAGCUCCCUGUGUCAAACACACUUCGACGAAACCAGAGGCACGACUCCUCGCGGACCGGCUCGCUGCGGGAGUCCUGCAGGAACAGCCCUUGUUGCAAUAUCCACUCUACGGACGUCACCUUACCAGACAAAAACUACUACAUCGACCACAGCCACCACGGGCACCGGCAUAGGAACCACUACCACAACCCGAACAUGUCGCUGCCGCUCGGUAGCCGGCACAAACGGAGGAGCAAACCCGUGGAGACCGUCAGUCGGAGUAAUAAAAAUAUAGCAGACAAUAUUAUAGGGAACGGCAGGUACGACGUAGAGAAUAAUAAGGAUGUAGAUUAUGAUAAGAAAAUGAUCACGGUCGUCAUCAAAGUAUAGUAUUCGUUCCGGCUUGUGAUCUCUAGUGGCCUGCAUUGUGAUUCUUUUUAGUACUAUUCUGCUGUGUUGAGGGAAAAGGCCGUAUGAACAUUCGAGAGUUGCCAAAUUUCCUUUGAUAAAAUGUUCGUUUCUGACGAAA